AAAACAUAUGCGAGUUUACUGAUAAAAUGUUACCCUCAAUACGCGACAAAAAAACUGGCUAUAUUUACAAGCUUAGCAAAAAGCUGGAAUGUAAGAUUGACCGUGAAUGUGAUGCCGAACUGAGAAAAAUCUCGAACAAACCAGCUUCCGAUUCGGAAGAUGAACCAGAAAGUCAUGUCUGCGCAGCUACCAACACACCAAUCUUCACCAGUUUAAAGAUGACCUGCUCCGAUAGCGAAGAUUCGCUGGAAGCUUCAGGCAGUGGUUGUUCCGUAUCCCAGGCAAGUGACAUCAAGAAUCAGCCAGAAGCAGCCAAAAUGUCACACGAGCCAACAUUAGGGAAUGAAUGUUCUUCAAGAGAACCAACAAUCGCAAAAGUUUUAAAUAUCUUAAUGCAGGUUUCAAAACAUGUGAAGAAAAUGAACGGAGCCACCGAUCUUAUCCAAACGGACGUGGGCAACAUUUCGAACCGAUUGACGAAAAUUGAGGAAACCGUGGACACUUCGGUGGCAACGCUUGAGAGAAUGAAGGAUGAGAUGAAAAAAAAAGCAGUUUGUUUGAAAAAUCGAGAUAGCAAUUCCGUUGCGUUGUAUCCCGAUUUUAAAAAAGUAAGCAGCGAAGAGGAGCUGAUGGAAUGCGAUUCGAAACUUGGCAACGAUGUGGCAACGAAAAGAAACUAUGUCGUUUCAGCUGAACCGAAUGUUGCUCAAGAAGAUAUUUUGAAAGCCAUUGGCGAUUCGCUUCGCACCGAAGUAAAGAUCACUUGUUCCGACAGAGAAGAUUCGUCCGGUACAUCUACCGUUGGUCGUUGUUCUGUUCCACCCACCAACCAAACCAACAGUCAUCCGAACCAUCAGACCGAACCAAAGGAACCUUCGAUGUCAGAUAUGUUUAAGCUCUUAACAACGGUGUCCGACAACAUUAAGGAUAUGCAGGAAAAAACCGAGUCGAUUCAAAGAGAGGUAGUUAGCAUAUCAGAUAGAUUGGCGCAGGUCGAAAGUAAAGUAGAAAUCUCGCUAGCGACGAUGGACCAACGAUAUUUCGGGAACGGUGCCAACACAGCAGCUGCGUUUAGUUUUGAACCGAUAAGCAGCGAAGAGGAGCUGAUGGAAUGCGAUUCGAAGCUUGGCAGCGAUGUAGGAUAUUAUGGUAAUGUUUUACAGUGGCUCAGACUGCAGAUCGACGUCCCAGACCCAGACAAUCGGUUGCAUCUAGCAAUGGAUUUGGUAUUCGAACGAUCUUUUUUACCUUUGUGCAGUUGGACUGGCAAUGGUAGGCCAGCGCCAAAAAUAGCUUUACGUGGACGGACAAACGUCCUGAAACUGUUUGCGGACAUAGGCAGCAAUCAGAACUUUACCACAAACGAAUUAUUCGUACAAAAGUUUUUUUUUAAAAAGUUGCCUCACGCGAAAAAUAGAACCAACUUACUUGGUAGAGCUACAUCAUGCCAUAAGCGAAAACCGACCUAAAUAUUACGUUGAUGAAAUCACAAAUACAAUGCAAAUACCACGAACAAUCGAUAUGAAAUUUAUUGACCGGCAUUCGGUUCCAAUGUACAAGCGCGCAUUUUUUAAGUAACCGAAAAGGCUAAUUUUCCGGUCUGUCAACGCUCUGGUAGUUCGUUCCCGUCAAGUUUCCCUUUUAUUUAUUUUUCCCCUUAUUCUUCGAAGCGAUGUUUCAAUGUAAAGCGGUUCCUACAUGUCGCUAGUGUUCAAUUUGCUGAUUUUCAAUUUAACGAGUUUCAACUCCUACGUGUAGACAGAGCUAUUUUUAAGCCAGUGUGUACGUGUAAACAUAGCAUUUGAAAUUGUCAUCGAAAAUGUUUGUUUACUUCCG